CUGGUGGUUUGGGUGGUCAAACCCUUAAGACUCAAACAAAGUCAUUUAAAAGCAUGUGUGGUUUCUGAUGAAAACCUUUAGUGGACAUAAUGGAUUUUAAAACAGCUAAUAUCAGCAAUUGUCUCUAGGCAUGAAACAGCCUACAAUUAUCCCUUAAAAUCUAGAUUUCAACAUUUCCCAGGGAGAGGAUGCUCCCUGACCUUCUAAGAUAGUCUGCCUUUGGUGAAAGUUUACCCAAACCCCCUUACUAAAUCCUGGAUCUGCCUUGGAAGGAGUCACACUAAAUAAAAUAUUAUUUGUAAAGAUUGAAAAAUAAAUUUCAUUAUCAGUUGAACUGCUUGUUUGUAAAACAGUAUUUUUGUGUCACAGAGUUAUAGUCUAUUAGUUGAGUAAAGAACCAUUAGAGAAUGUAUUCCUAAGCCAGCUAUAUAUAUACUGUCAACAAAUUAUAUAACUUAGGAGAUGAUGAUAAUCUCUCUUUGUAGGUUUUGUUCUUGAAGGAUUCAAUUCUAGUGUGUAUAAUUGGUGUUCUUUGUUGCAGAAGACAUUGGUCAGUACUCAUUCAUAGUUGUAACAAUUAUUUUUCAUAAAGACAGUAAGAAAGUUUUUUUUUCAAGUUUAAUGUUUUUCAUAAUUCCCAAGUUUGGUAUGGUCCUUGGUUUAAGUUGAGGUCUUAAACUAAUUAUGGAUUAAUUUUUUUCUUUUUAUUAGACUGACAACCAAGAGUAGAUUUGUUAUAAUAUCAGUUUUGUGUUUAUACUAGGAAUUUUUACCUGAUGAUAAGCCACGACUGAUCCAUGGUAUAGGAUCUCCAGGUGAACAUCAUUAAUUUACUUUCUGCUUUCAUCGGUGAUAUUGCUUUUAAUCAUAAGCACCCUGUGAUAAUCUCUUUCCUAUUUCCUAUCUAACUUUAACAUAAUUUUUGAGAAAAAUUCAAUGGACUAUUUCAACUUAUGCAAAAUAACAGUCAGGGAAUGUAGCAGCUAUGUAUUCCAUUUUGAAUUCAUUCAGGGACUUUGGUUGGUGUUUCUAUGAGAUAACACUUUCCAGUUUAUUCUGAUAAUGUGUUUGAUGCGCAUACACAUUGAGAUGAGAUUGUCAGUUGAAAGUACACGUCAGUCAAGUCUGGAAGUUAAAGGUUAACUAAGUAUAUAUUGUGAAAUAUUUCAUAAAGUUUCCCUUAAUUUUCUGAAAUACUCUUUUAAAUAAUGGAUACUAAGUGCUUGGAUUCUGAGUCAGAAACUCAAUAACAUGUUAAAAAUACUGUUUGGGUAAAAAAACUAUGACUGUCAUAUUUUGUUUCUUCCACUUACUCCUCUUUUUUUGGUUUUUUGCAGAAGAGGUAGUGUUGGCAGUGGAAUGUGGAGUUGAUAUCUUUGAUUCAUCAUAUCCUUAAUUCAUUAAGAAAAAAAGGAAAAAUGAGGCUGCUGUUUGCAGCCUCCAUAUUCAAAUUUCUUUAAUGGCACAAAUUACUUGGCUUUUGUAAAGUUCCUUUGAAAUGUCACAGUGGUGAAUUUGAGCAUCUGUGUUUGGUUUAAUGUAAGAAGCAGAGGCCAAGGGGUCAGAUGGCAAGAUUCUGGAUUAAGAGUUCCAGUCUAGGUUCUAGUCUUGGCUGGGGACACUACAUGUUGUGUUCAUGGGCAAAAUGCUGUAUUUUCACAGGAGUAGCCUGAAGAUCAAGCUUAAUUUGAUUAUGCUUUAUUUUAGGUUUGGUGGUGCACACAGGUGGAUCACAUAGGUGGCUCAUUUGUGCCCUAUGCCUGUCCAAGUAGUCUGUAAACUAUUUGGGAACCCAGCAGGGUGUCAAUGACCCGUCAGGGAAACCUGACACUAAUGCAAAUGAAUCUGGUAUGCAGACCUUCAUGUACUCACUUCCCCCACAUGACAGGUGUCCCCAUGUAGUACAUAUAGCUCUAGUUUUUGUCUUUUUUGUUUUUGUCACAAAAUGGGAAAAUAAGCAAAUGACCUGUUUUUUCUUUGAGACUUCCCAAUUUGUCACAAGACCCCUACUUUGUGGGAGUAAGGAAAACAUAUUUUAGCAUUUUAUUGAAUAUUUUGUCCUUAAUUAUGGUACCUAUCCUUGUCAAGUAGCAGAGAGAGGAUGUGCUUUGGAUAUUAAAUGGAGCAGAAAAAGAUUCAAACCAGAGCUCACAUAUUUACCCUCAACUUCAGAGAGAUUAGAAGGAGAACUAAAAAAUUCAGAGGACAGUUUGAAUGAAUUAAGUACAAGUUCACAUCAAAAAGAAAUAGUGGGUGGUGGAACAUCGUUUGAAAUAAAUCUCAAUCAUACAAGGUGUGUCUUCUAUUUAAAGUUGAAUUAAUGUAAGAUGUGAUGUUGCCUUGCAAAGACUGAUGAUUCAGUUCAUUUAGUCAGUGCUUUCCUUUCUAUUCAUGUCUUUAAUUUGCUUAUAAUUUUUAUUGACAAUAGUAACAAUAAUGAUAUUAAUGAUAAUGAUAAUAAUUACAAUAAUAGUUAAACCACCAGCUGCCCUUCAGUUUCUUACUUUGGGUUUUCAGGAAGGUCUUUUAAAAAUACAAAAUAAAUGCAAUAAAUUAACAAACAAAACUAAUUAGAAAAUAAAAACUAUUCAAAACAUGAAAAAACUCUGGAAUGGAUAUUGAGUUGUACCAUUAUUUAUUCAUAAAUUCAUUUAGGUACAGCUCAGACUUCACCUCUCUUGUUAGUGGUUGUACAUGUUACUGCUGUACAAAUCAUACACGGGCUUAUGUUCAUCAUCUGCUUGUCACCAAAGAGAUGCUUUCCAAAGUUCUUCUUAUGAUGUAAGUAUUCAGUCAUUGCAUUUCCUUGUUACCAUCCAUGUCAUAGAACACGCUGCUCUAUAACAUAGGUUACAUAUUUUUAAGUUGGUGGCAAUAGUGGGAAAAGGAAAACAAGGGAAAAAGGACAAAUAUAUAAGCACAACUCUAAAAGUAAAGUCAAUAAAUAGUACAUGAACCAUUUAUUGCUUGGUGUUGAGGACACUUUGGCCUAAAGACUUAGGGUUUAGGGUUAUGCAAGGACUCGGUUCAACCCUUGUCAAGAUCAGAAUACUGUCAAGGAAACCAGUCCAUAUCAAUGAGUGGAGGGAUAUAGAGUUACCAUUAAUGGACUAGUAUCCCAUUUUGGAGAAACAGUAGUAUACUCACAGAAAUAAUGUACAUGAAAAAAUGAAGCGCUUCUGAUUGGCUGAAAACAAGUGCAAACUACAAAUAGCAUGCAUGCUGUCAAAAUUUCAUCUGUCUUGACUUUUUGUGGUGUUUUUUUGAGUUAUUAUUGAUAGGUAAUUACACGAUUAAUUGUUCUUAUGAAAUUUGCCUUAAAACUUAUGAGCUUAUGCAAGUUUAUUGUCUUUGAAAAAUGAAUUCAUGCUCAUUUAUACCAAGUUGCACUCAAAAUCAUGUUGUUAUCCAUACUAAUUGGAAACAGUGUCACUGUUACGUCUGUGGUCCAUUACAGUGACUUCAAGACCAUUAAAAUUUAAUUAAUAUUUUUUAUUAUUAUUUCAGCCAUAAUCUAUAUGAAUAUUGUCAGUUUUUCACUGGCAUUCGUUUGUCAAUAGAGGAGGAUAACUUUGAAGAGUUUAAAAGGAACUUUACCGAAAGCCACCUUCUGUAGCAGUGAAUUGGUUUCCUGUAUUUCAUGGAAUCUACAUCCCUAGCUUAUCUUCAUUUCUUUUUAACAAAUUUUAGUUUUUACCAGUAUGUAGUGGACUUCCUAUAAACUCUCAGAGAGAAGUGUGCUAGAGGUAGAGUCAGUCUAGUUUUACACAAGGUUUGUUGUUUAGAUCACAAAGAAGACCUUUAUCUGUUUCCCUCCUGACUGUGUGUUUGCCUUAAAUGAUCUGUAUAAUCCAGUUUCUUUGAUAUUGUUGUGACAGUGUGACUAUCCUUGUUGUUCUUUUUGUCUUUCUGUCUGUAUGUUUGUGUCUCCAUCUCUGUUUGUGUCAAUCUGUCUGUCUAUGUGUCUAAUUGGCUGGCAAGCUGUUUCUCUGAAUUAGAAGUUUUUACCAGUCAUUAUUUAUUGCCAGGGGGGAAUCACACCGCUAAUAUCACAGAGCCUAAUGGGGGGAUCAGGCAAAUUUUAUCAUGAAACCACCAGAAGCCUCCAAACCCCCCCUCCCCCCCUUCCCUUUAACUACUUCACAAGAUGCGGUACAAACUGGAGUCAAUGGGUGGGGACGACAGCUAUAAGACUUCAAUUUUGUUAGUGCUGCUACUCAUGAGAACCAAGGAGAGAGCUACACCAGUUUUCAAUUGUGAU